AUGAAGUCAUCCCUAAGACUGACCCUCGGUCAUAGUCGCAAGACAAUCGAAGAACUCGCCACCAUCCUUCACGAAGUCGAAGCGGCCGUAAACAGCGGACCCCUCACCAGCGUAUCCACUGAUCCUCAAGAGGUGCUCCCUCUUACCCCGUCCCAUUUCCUCGUCGGGAGUCGUAUUGCCAGGCUGCCGCUUCUCGAGAACGUCCAGCAAGACAGCACACCCUUUACGUUACGCAGACGGAGCGAACGACGCCAGCAAGCCAUUGAAGUGUUCUGGAAGCGCUGGAAAAAGGAAUAUCUCCUCCAGCUCCGUUCCGCGCACCAGCUUGGCGGAAGUCCUUCAGCUCUGAAGCCUGGUGAUCUUGUCAUCGUUGAAGACGACCGCCUCCCACCAUUGCUGUGGAAAACCGCCAUCGUUGUAGCAACACACCCGGGGCGCGACGGGAUCGUCAGGAGCUUCACUAUCAGACUCGCAAACAGAAGAGAAAUGUCACGUCCUGCUCAGCGUCUAUACCUGCUAGAGGGCCACGAGGACACCACGGCCGCCCCCGGGAGGAUGUUGGGAAUCGACGAGGACGUUUCUGCCCACGCGAGUACCGAAAGAGAAGAAGGAAUCGCGAGCCCGGCACUCGGGGCUGUACCUUCGUUCAGGCAGUUUGGUUCCGCCCCUCUGGAAUAA